AUGAGCGUUAUUCUCUGUACUGCUGGUUAUGACCAUACAAUUAGGUUCUGGGAAGCCCUUUCUGGCAUUUGCUCGCGAACAAUCCAGCACUCAGAUUCCCAGGUAAACCGCUUAUGUAUCACUCCAGACAAGCGAUAUGUCGCGGCAGCAGGGCGCGACAACGUGAAGCUAUACGAUAUCAAAUCCACAAAUCCAAACCCAGUAAUGACAUUCGAUGGACACACCAACAAUGUCACCGGUGUUGCCUUUCAUUGUGAGGGCAAGUGGAUGGUCACAAGCUCGGAAGAUGGCACGGUUAAAGUAUGGGACACGCGAAUUGGGACUCUGCAGCGGAAUUAUGUACAUCAGGCACCUGUUAACGAUGUUGUGAUUCAUCCGAACCAAGGAGAGCUGAUAACAUGCGAUCGCGCUGGAUUCGUGAGAGUCUGGGACUUGGGAGAAAGUAAAUGUACGCACCAACUUCAGCCUGAAGAGGAUAUCGCUAUGGCCAGCGUGAGCGUCGCGAGUGAUGGGUCUCUGCUAUGUGCAGGUAAUAAUAAAGGAAAUGUUUAUCUCUGGCGUAUGAUUCAGGAUCGUGAUCUAACCAAAAUCGUGCCAUUUAUCACUUUCCAGGCGCAUAAGGACUACCUAACUCGAGUGCUACUUUCUCCUGAUGUCAAGCAUCUCGCCACGUGCUCAGCAGAUCAUACUGCUAAAGUGUGGUCGCUGUAUCCAACGCAUGGUCCGUCCAGGGAUGCGGAGGAAACAAAACAGGGAGCCGACGACGAAACGGCCAACGAGAAAACGCAACCUAAGAGCGCCUCAGCGAUAGCAACAGAUCCGACACCCACCACAAACGGGCACGAUGGCGUAUUGAACAGUGAUGAUCCCUCAAAGGCUAGCAAGCCCCUUACAGACACCAAUGGGUCCACAAAUAUAUUCCCAACUCCGUCCGAUGCGCCCAUAGACCCCAAAACCAACGCUCCGUACCUCGAGGCUACGUUAGCUAGUCACCAACGUUGGGUGUGGGAUUGCGCUUUCUCGGCAGAUUCGGCGUAUCUUGUCACAGUUUCCAGCGAUCACUAUGCGCGCCUUUGGGAGCUGUCGUCGGGCCAGAUCAUUCGUCAGUAUAGUGGACACCACCGCGGUGCGGUCUGUGUUGCGUUGAACGAUUAUUCGGAGCCUCGAUAG